AUGUGUGACAGAUUUAAGGAUAGCAGGGGCAAAAAGUUACUACAACUUUUAAAUUCUGAAAGUGAUGAAAAUAAAGAAAAUUGUGACCGCAAUCUGAACAAAGAAGAUUUCGAGGAGAUAGUACAAAAUAAUAUUCCUAAGUAUGAUAAUACCAAAGAAUGUUUCAAAAAUUCAGAUAAUGUUACAACUUUUGAAGCUUGGAAAGAAGCUGAGCCUAUUGCCCAUUGCAGUUACAAUCCACCUGAAAAUAAAUCUUCAUAUACCGAGCCACCACCCGCUGCUUAUGAAUCGUCUUCGGAAGAUGACGAUGAUUCAACUUCUGCUGAAACAAAUAACGAAGAAAUACAAGAAGCAGUACAAAAUGAGAAUGAAUCAAUAAACCAAGAUGAAAUAGUCGAACAGAAUAUUUCCAUGAACGAAAUAGAAGAAAAUAGUAAUGUUAAGAAAAGUAGAAAGCGCGUUGCAAGAGUUGAAGAAUCUAAAACCAAGAAAAUUAUACCUGCACGUUCUUUGAAACCACCUUGUGGCGAUAAAUGCAAAAUGGAAUGUUCUACUAAAAUUGACGAGGACUGCAGGAAGAAGAUUUUUGCUAAAUAUUGGGGAUUAGGAGAUAUUACCCUUCAAAGAAACUUUAUUAACUCCUCUACCAAAGCUAUAGUGCCCGCAUUCCGUUUUUCGGGAAAAGAAAAACCUCGAGGUUAUAAUAAUGCUUACUAUUUUGACGUUGACAAUGAAAAGAUACGGGUUUGUAAGAAGUUUUUUAUGAAUACGUUAGAUGUAAAUGAUCGCGUUAUAAGAACAGUUUUUCAGAAAAGAGAUCUAGGUUUUAUUGACAUAGAAAAGAGAGGUAAACAUGGCAAUAAUAAAAAAGUCGAUGAAUCGAUUAAGCAAGCAGUCAGAGAUCACAUAAAUUCGAUUCCACGGAUUGAAAGCCAUUAUAUCAGGAAAUAUUCUAGCCGAGAAUAUAUCGACGGUGGUAAAUGUUUAGCAGACUUACAUGCAGACUAUAAAGCACAAUGUUUGGAGCAAGGAGUUAGUGCAGCACACUACGAAAUGUAUGCAAAACUUUUUAAUUAUGAGUUUAAUAUAAAUUUUUUUACUCCUAAAAAGGACCGUUGUGAGUUGUGUGUAAGCUACGAAAAUGCAACUGGAUCUGCAAAAGAGGAACUACAGGAAAAGUACAUGUUACAUCAGGAAGAAAAGAUUUAUCUAGAAUAG